AUGUCGAACGGAGGAGAACCGGUGAAGGUGGUGAUCAUCAACACCAAGUACGUCGAAACGGAUGCCACGAGCUUUAAGUCCGUCGUGCAAGAGCUGACCGGAAAAGAUUCGGUAGUUACGAGCGAUCCGCCGAGGCGGAGGAGCCGGUUUUACCAUGAAGAGAUGAACAAGAAAGAACAGGCUGCCGGGGUUGGGAGUGCUUCAUCUAGGUCGGGGGAGUCGGUGUUGGUGAAGAAUUUGUCAUUCAAAAAGUUCGAAAGGCUGCUAAAGGAGAUGCCACCGGCGGAUGAUUUGUGGUGGAGGAUGGAGUGA